UUCGACUCUGGCAUCACCGCUGGGCUAAACAAUAACGUCUGCACGCCGUCGCGAGUUUCCUACCUUACGAACAAUGCUCCGGUAGACGAGCCAUAUACUCCCUCCCCUGCUGGCCAUCUCCUUCCUUCACAAUGGCGUCGGCGUUAUUCUUUCUCGACCUCAAGGGCAAGACCCUUCUGGCGCGCAACUACAGGGGAGAUAUCCCCAUGUCAGCUGUCGAGAAGUUCCCCGUACUGCUCAGCGAGGCCGAAGAAGAGAACUCCGCCGUCCCGCCAUGCUUCUCCAACGAGGGCAUCAACUACCUCUACAUCCGCCACAACAACCUGUACCUUCUCGCCCUCACAAAACGAAAUUCAAACGCCGCCGAGAUUCUACUGUUCUUGCACAAGAUAGUCGAGGUCUUCACCGAGUACUUCAAGGAGCUUGAGGAGGAGAGCAUACGCGACAACUUUGUCGUCAUCUAUGAGCUGUUGGACGAGAUGAUGGACUUUGGCUACCCACAAACGACCGAGACGAAGAUAUUGCAAGAGUACAUCACACAGGAAUCGCACAAGCUCGAGGUCCAGCCACGUGCGCCCAUUGCAGUCACCAACGCAGUCAGCUGGCGAAGCGAGGGUAUCCGCUACCGCAAGAACGAGGUGUUUCUUGACGUUGUCGAGUCUCUCAACCUUCUUGUUUCUGCGACCGGCAAUGUACUACGGUCUGAGAUCCUGGGCGCUGUCAAGAUGAAGUGUUAUCUGUCGGGCAUGCCUGAGCUGCGCUUAGGGCUGAACGACAAGGCCAUGUUCGAGACAACAGGAAGAGCAACGCGGGGAAAGGCAGUUGAGAUGGAGGAUGUCAAGUUCCACCAGUGCGUGCGGUUGUCGAGAUUUGAGAACGACAGGACCAUCAGCUUUAUCCCACCAGACGGCGAGUUCGAGUUGAUGAGCUACCGAUUGAACACACAGGUGAAGCCGUUGAUUUGGGUCGAGUGCAUAGUUGAGAGCCAUUCUGGUAGUAGGAUAGAGUAUAUGUUGAAGGCGAAAGCACAGUUUAAGCGGCGCAGCACAGCCAACAACGUCCAAAUCUCAAUACCUGUCCCCGAAGAUGUAGACUCACCACGGUUCCGCACAAAUAUCGGUACCGUACACUAUGCACCCGAAACAUCUUCGAUAGUAUGGAAGAUUAAGCAGUUUGGCGGUGGCAAAGAAUUUCUCAUGCGCGCAGAGCUCAACCUGCCAUCUGUGCGCGGUGACGACGAAAAGGGUGGCGGCAUGAUGGGUGGAUUUGGAGGUAGCAUGGGUGGUGUUGGAGGUGGGAAAGCGAAGAGACCAAUCAACGUCAAGUUUGAGAUACCAUAUUUCACCACGUCUGGCAUCCAGGUCCGGUAUUUGAAGAUCAUUGAACCCAAGCUGCAAUAUCCCUCGCUGCCUUGGGUGCGAUACAUUACACAGUCAGGCGAUAUCGCUGUGCGAUUACCGGACGUGGCUUAGUGUAUAUUGAACAAGUACUUGACGACGAUAAAUAUACCAAUGCAAAUAUGAAGCACAUGAGCGCGUCAUUAGUUCACUCCAAGCUUAUCCUCCUCACCGUACAGAAGUCUUAGCUUACGUGUAUUGUGUGGUGUAUAAGACGAAGUCGCGAACGAAGACGUCAGCGGUUUUACACGACCAACACCCGAAUAUUGAGCGUGAGUCGUCGUUAUGGAAGUAGUUUGACAUGGAGUCUGACGAUACGGCUGUGGCUACAAUCUUUGAUUCGAUGGUGUAGUUUGAGGAAGCACAUCGGCAAGCUCCAGAUUGAUCUCGUGUAAACCAAAAUUGUACUUCAAGAUUGCAAGUAGAUAUGACUAAGUUGCAUUGUGGGGUGGUGUCUCAUCAAUGAGCACAAAAGAUUGAUUAGACA